GGUGGGGCAGCGGGUGCAGGUGUUCUGGUGGAACGAGCCACUGGCGGGGUCCGCAGCAGCAGGCGACGAGGCGGGCAGGUCGGCCCGGUACGGCAAGUGGUUCGGCGGCCGGGUGAACAAGGUGGACACCACGACUGGCACACUGGAGAUCAAGUACGACGACGGAGAUCGGGGUGGUGUUUCGCUUGGCGUCAGCUUCGUGCACUUUGGAGCGGAGCCGCCAGCGGAGGGGCAGCGCGCGCGCCUGCCGCCCCCGCUGACGCUGCCUGAGGUGGGGCCGCAGCCCGGCUCCUCCCCUGCCGCAGCAGCGACAGCGGCAGCAGCAGCCACCAGCAGGGAGCGGAGCAGUGCAGGUGGUGCGGCUGCUGCUGCGGGGGGCGCACCCAAGCAGCCCAAAGUGAAG